ACGUCCAUUCAGAACUGCUGUAGGCACAUUCUGUGUUGACAAAAUACGCGCGAUAACUAAGCAAAACAAAGCAAGACACAUGCGGCAAUACACACAAAAAGAUCGUUUUCGCUGUUAGAUAUCAGCACAGAUCGGUUGACGGCGUGGUUAUCGAUCUCAUGGCUGUUUGAGAGUGAAAUUGGGCGUCCUCUCGCCAUGGCCACCGACAACAGGAUUCAUUUCUGGAGGAAAAACCCGAAGGUUCCCGGAAGCUUACAGCCAGUAUAUGGAGCACAGCACCCUCCUCUGGACCCGCGGAGACACCGUCCAUUAAAAGACACUCCGAAGGCCAGCAGUGUGGUCAAAUCCAAAAAGCCUUCAACCUUUCAUGAAUUUGCCCGGAGCACCAACGAUGCAUGGGACAUUGAUGAUGAAGAGGAUGACGGUAUAUUCAGUCUCAAACAGUCUUCGUCUUCACCUGUCCAAUCACGAUCCACUCCUCAGACGCCUUGCCUCAAACUCUUUAAAGUUCCGGAUGACACUGAGUUAGGGCCGCGCUCACUAGACAGACAGGAACCCAUCAGCACAAACCCAGAUCGAGAACGACUGGAUGUUGAAAGUGGCCCAGCCAAUGGCAGAGUGGUGAAGUCCUGUAGUGACGCCCAGCUGAAUGUUAAUACAGCUCGAAAUCCACUGCAAAAACAACAGUCACUUCCUGUACGCCCUGUCAUUCCCUUAGUUGCCCGCAUUUCAGACCAAAACGCCUCAGGAGCUCCGCCCAUGACCGUGAGAGAGAAGACACGAUUGGAUAAAUUCAAGCAGCUACUCUCCAGCUCCAACACAGACCUGGAGGAGUUACGGAAGCAUAGCUGGUCAGGAAUCCCUCGUGAGGUUCGACCAGUCACCUGGAGGCUCUUAUCGGGCUAUCUUCCAGCCAACCGGGAGCGAAGGGAUCUGGUUCUCCAGAGGAAGCGGGAGGAAUAUUUCGGCUUCAUCGAGCAGUAUUACCACUCCAGAACAGAUGAGAACCACAGAGACACAUACAGACAGAUUCACAUCGAUAUCCCAAGGACGAACCCUUUGAUUCCUUUGUUCCAGCAGCCUCUGGUACAGGAGGUGUUUGAGCGGAUUCUGUUCAUCUGGGCCAUCCGUCACCCCGCUAGUGGAUACGUGCAGGGCAUUAAUGACCUGGUCACUCCCUUUUUUGUGGUCUUCCUAUCUGAAUUCGUAGAGGAAGACGUGGAGAAUUUUGAAAUGGCAAGCUUACCACUGGAUACGCAACGAAACAUUGAGGCUGACAGCUUCUGGUGCAUGAGCAAACUGCUGGAUGGCAUACAGGACAACUACACGUUUGCCCAGCCUGGCAUUCAGAUCAAAGUGAAGGCGCUGGAAGAGCUCGUCAGCAGAAUAGAUGAGGACGUUCACGUGCACUUUCAGAAGUGUGAGGUGGAGUAUCUGCAGUUUGCUUUCCGCUGGAUGAAUAAUCUGCUGAUGAGGGAGCUGCCGCUGCGCUGUACCAUCCGCCUGUGGGACACCUACCAGGCCGAGUCUGAAGGAUUCUCCCAUUUCCACCUCUACGUCUGCGCCGCUUUCCUCAUCAAAUGGCGCAAAGAGAUUCUCUCCAUGCUGGACUUUCAGAGUCUGCUAAUGCUCCUGCAGAACCUUCCUACAAUACACUGGGGCAACGAAGAGGUGGGUUUGCUUCUAGCAGAGGCCUACAGACUCAAAUACAUGUUCGCCGAUGCUCCAAGCCACUACAAGAGAUGAGAAAGCCCAUAAACCAGACCACAGCUCGACCCGAGACGAUGAUCUGACUUAACAACGGGAUCAGCUCUGUUUAAUCUGACAGUGGAAUUGGAGCUCACCAGUUUUCUCAAAUGACGUCGAAUUUGUGUCGUCAUCUCUUAUAAUUCAUGAUCUAGAACAAAACGGAUCUACUGGAAAAUAUGAGGAAAAUUUGAGUGGAUCAAACUCAAAACAGAAAGAGCCAUUUGUUUAUCUUCAUCCAUUUGUUACCUCAGAUGUGGAGAAGCCACCUCUUGUUUUAUUUUCUCGAUUUUUAUUUUUUUCUCCCCACGCCGCCGAUGGUCUUGUGUUUUGUGUUAUUAGACCAUAAUGUGAUCUCCUCUGCCCCUUUUGCUCAUUGCGACAUUGAUUGUACCACACACAGGUACACGGGUCGAUUCCCGUCCGUAAUCACUCAGAGACGGUGUUAUUGAAGCUCUGCAAUACAUGAAACUAUGGCAGCCAUAAAGGGUCAUUUCUCAAGGGACGCGCGGCCAAGCGUUACAGAUUCGAAGAAUCAAUAUGCAACCGCCUGAGCGAAGUGUUUGGGUUUUUCUUUCAGGUUUUUACGUUUGUUAGACUGUGAAUUUUAACAAUCAACUAAUCUUUUUAAGUGGCUUUGUAUGUAUAUGAAGCUCUUGCACAAUUAUUUCCUAGAAAAUGGGUACUUUUAGAGCUUUAGUAUUAGCGUUCGACGACUACUGAGGUGAAGACGGCUGAGUCAAACUGAGCUGAAAUAUUUAUAUGGCUUUAUAAAGAAUGAAUCGGUGUGAUGUGAGGUCAGGGUACGAGACCGUGGGACUCUCAGGAGUUGUGUUGAAAGAAACCCACUGACUUAAAGAGACAGACUGAAGGCUUUCGGUUUUCACUGAAGUGUGGAAGAAAAAAAAAUUGUGAUUUUUAAAUACUGCCGGAGAGCAGUAGAUCUCAAACCACUGUGAAAAGGCAUCUGACGUUCGCACGUACAGUGGGUACGGAAAGUAUUUAGGCCCCCUUACAUUUUUCACUCUGUUAUAUUGCAGCCAUUUGCUAAAAUUUUAUAAUAUAUUCUCAUUAAUAUACACACAACAGCCUAUAUUGACAGAAAAACACAGAAUUGUUGACAUUUUUGCAGAUUUAUUCAAAAAGAAAAACUAAAAUAUCACACAGUCUUGUGUAUUCAGAGCACUUUUGAUCUAAUACAGCUAUGAGUCUUUUUGGUAAAGAUGCAACAAGUUUUUCACACCUGGAUUUGAUGGUAAAUGCUGGUGGAAAGCCGUUUUUAGUCCUCUCUAGAGAUGCUCAAUUGGGAUUAAGUCAGGGCUCUGGCUGGGCCAUUCAAGAACAGUCAUGGAGUUGUUGUGAAGCCAAUGCUUCAUUAUAUUUGCUGUGUGCUUAGGGACAUUAGCCCCUUUCACACAGUGAUACCGGUAAAUAUCUGGAAAUUUCCAGAACGAUUUUGCCGGUAAAUUUAAAAAAGUGCUGUUCACACAGGCAAAGACGUAACAGAAUUUUUCCAGAAAAACCAUUCACACAUCCAUUCCAAAAUACUGACAUUAUUAACCAGAAAUGACCUAUAAACAGCUGCGCUUGUAUUUGUAAACAUUUGACAACAUUACAAAUUCUGUGGAUGGAUAAGUAUUGUGAACAACUUCGAUGAAAACAAAUGGACAAACACUGUCGCAUAUCGAGAUGUACAUAAUAUGUGCGUGUGCUGCGCUCACCGGCUGCUUCACAUGCACACGCGUCAGACAACUGACGCAGAGCUUGAAGGUACAUAAACCACGGCUUAUCAUAGGCAAUUUAUUGAUAUUUUUUGACAAAGAUGGCGUUAAGAAGCAACAUAGAAACGUUAUCUGACUAACAAAUAGCAGCUAAAUGUGUCUGGAAAAAUAUUCAAAGGCUUUCAUCUUCAUAAACAUCACGGAUGUGAAUGCGUCUGAGUGUUCUGGCUAAAGUAGACUUCUUACGUCAGAGUGUUCUUGACGUGAACGCACUCUUUCCGGCAAAUUACCAGUAAUGUUACAACUUCUCUUUCUGGAAAAUUACCGGAACAAAUUUACUGGUAUUUUCAAAAAGGGCCUGUUCACACAUAGAGACCUUUCCGGAAAAUUGCCGGUAAUUUUCCAGAAAGGUCUGUAUGUGUGAAAGGGUCUAUUGUCUUGUUGGAAGGUAAACCUUCAGCCUAGUCUGAGGUCCUGAGCACUCUGGAGAAAGUUUUCGUCCAGAAUAUGCCUGUACUUGGCCACAUUCAUUUUUCCCUCGAUUGAAACCAGUCAUCUCGUCUCUGCAGCUAAAAACCACCCCACUUUCCGUACCCACUGUAUAUAUUCAGUCUCCCAGGGCAACCCAAAUUAUGCAGAUGUUUAUGCUAAUCAGAUGCAGUUGAUCUGAUUAUCUCCCUUUGAACCCUAGUUUCACCUCUCGGCACACUCUGGUUGCUUAUUUUUGAUUGACGAUUAAUUGUUCAAGUUCAGAGUCUUUCAAAAGUAGAUGCGUGAUCUUUAUAAAUCGGCAUGCCGAAUAUAUCUCGGACCUAUCAAAAGCUGAUUUUUUCCAUUAAAAAAAAGUAAUCUCUAAUCAUUUCGCAGAACUUGGACCAAACCCCCCUGCAUGGAUAAUCUGAAUAAUAAAUUAAAUGAGUGUCUUUUUUGCUUUAAUUAUUGAAGCAAAUGGAGUGUAUUGAUUAAAAGAAGGUGUCAAAAUUGGUUAAAAUUGAUGGCGUUGAUCUUCUAGCUCAGCGCUGCUCAGUUUGCUGAUGUUAAAUGCUUGAAUAAUGUACAUUUUGUCAGCUCGCUGUUCUCAUUCAUCCGUCAGUGACAUUUGAAACCACCUGAGUCGUAUACGCUCUUGCUGUUACAAUCUAUUUUUGAUGAAGCGUUUGCGGUGCUGCACUCCUUAUUUUGAAGUGAACUGCAAUGUUUUUUUUCUCAUUCCCUGCUCAUCUUUAGGUUUAUGCUUUUCCAUGCUUUUAAUGAGCUGAUAUUCACUCCGGAGAUAAUUAGUUUGCUCUCCACCCCUUUUAAAGUACGCUAAUGAAAGGGUGAGUUGUUAUGGAGGGUUGAGAUUUGCUGACCCUGCUGAGGACACGGGCCGGAAAUUAUUCAUGAGACACAUCGAGUGAACUGAGAGACUUGCUUGCUUCACGUUGUGGUCUUUUGAAUGUCAUACAAGUCUGAAUCGAUUGUAUUAAUGAUUCUGUUAUUCUUUUAAAACUGGGUUAAGUCAACAUGAAAUCAAAACAGGCUCAAUUUACGUUCUUCAAACACAUCGCCAUUCAUCAUCAUCAUCCUCAAACUUUUCUUGAUGUCACUUACUGUAUAUUUUUACUGUGUUAACCAGUAAGAUGCUCUUGAGGGUGAUCUUGAGCUUUGGAUGGUGAUGGGACAAUUCACUUAAAAUUAAAAUUGUGCAGUUUAUUCAUCCUCAGACCAUCCAAAAUGUAACAUACAGUCCUGUGCAAAAGUCAAUAUUAAUAUUUUUUUUUCUAUAGCAUAUUAAUCUGUAGCAUUAUUGUCUGCACAAAGAGUCUGAAGAAAGCCAGUGCUCCAUACAGAGUUCUGAUCUGAUCAGAUUAACAUUCAGUCUGUCUGGAAUGACAUGAAGAAACAGAACACAAGACCAACUAAAUCUAGAAGAACUUUGGCAACAUCUCUAAGAUGCUUCAAACAACCUACCUGCAAAGCUACAGCAUUGUUCAAAGAUUUAGGCACUUAAAAAUGAGCAUGCAUUCAAAGAAUAAUGCACUAGUGACACAAGACUUUUGCUCAGUACUGUACAUGUCAGACAUGAAACAUACAUUACAAAUAGAUAUGGGAUUUUUAGAAGAAAUCGUGGCCCUUGUUGAUUUAUUUAAGUGCAAGGCAGUGGCUGACAGCACUUUGAGUCAAAAUGAACCUAUAGGAAAAACAAAUUUAAUACCCAUGGCUUCAGAUGAUACAUUGAGGUCAUAUGAAGUGAAAUGAUAAUUCUGAGCAAGACACUUAAAAUCACUAAGGAUCCAAAUUUUUGGAUUGGUUUGCUCUAACCUUUUAAAAAGACAUUCCCUAACUAGUUAACAGCUAUGUUUCUGUCCACCUAUUGUUACGCACAUUUUGGACUAUCACAUUAAAUGUUAAAAACUUUUUGGUUAUCAAAAAUUAUUUUGAUUUGAACACUUCAUGUGAUAGCAAUGAUUUGUGAUAUGGAUCUGCGUUAAUGGAAAAACCAGCAGACUGACCCUAUUGUAAACUAUCUGAAAUGUUGUUUUGGUCAUUGUAAAUUCCCUCGGCCAAAAGUCUGCCAUCAAAGUGGUUCAGUAUUGUUACCUCCAGCACUGUAUUGAGCGUCUGCUCUCCCAAAGAGCAUCUCACGCCUCCUAAAGCCACCACAUGUUCAUUGCAUUUUGUCUUCUUUAAUUAUUCUUUAAUAUUUCUUUUAGUAAUUUGCUAUAUAAGAAAAAAAGCCAAGACUGGCUUCUCCUACUGCAGAAUAUUAUAUAUAAUAUAAAUACAAAUGUUCUUUUUUGAUAUUUGAUAUCACCAGUUUAUCAGAAUUAAACUAUUUUGUUCUCUUUGAGGCAUUGGAUCCAAACAGUGCUUUAUUUGCAAAUGUUUUAUGUGAUAUUCCAAUUUUGCUCAUAAGCCUUAUUCGCAUCUUUGGGAUGGAAACAUAUCUAGUUAUGUCCUUGUAAUUCGAAAUCAUAAUUAAAUACUAAAUUAAAUGUUGCCACGGGUUUCCUUUUAGGGUUGGCAUUAGGGGUAGGAGUGCAGUAGGGUCAAAUAAUUAGCAGGUAUAAAAUACAUUAUGUCUUUGGAGUGUCCCUGUAAAUCCCCAAAACAAACUAUGAUUUUGUCAAGAUCACAGUUAAUUAAAUACUAAAUUAAAUUUUGCCACAGGUUUCUUUUGAGGAUUGGGUUUAGGGGUAGGGGUGCAGUAGGGCCAUAUAAUUAGCAGUCUUUACUUUAUAAAAUACAUUACAGCUUUGGAGAGUCCCUGUAAACCAUCAAAACCAACAAUCGUGUGUGUGUGUGCGUGUGUGCGUGUGUGUGUGUGUGUGUGUGUGUGUACUGGUUUUGGAGGUUUACAAGGACAGAACUUGUAUAUGACUUGGGUAUUACACCAUUGAGCUGGUUUAUGAGGACAUGACUAUUUUGCCUUUGACUCAUUGAAUCCAGGUAUCUGUAGGUAAUCGCCGAUGUUAUUUUCAAUCAGAUCACAAUUCACACAGCGUGAUUUUGAAUCGCCGACAGGUCCAGAUAUUUAGCAUGCCAAUUAUCUGACGGGUGUUGGCGACUCAUCGGCGAUUCUGUCAGAUCGUGUCUUUGAUAGUUCACACUGUGUGAUUGUCACUUUCGUGAAUGAGCACAGAUUUGCCUGUGAUUUUAGCCAUUUGUGAUUUCUCAAAACCUGUCGGCGACUUAAAAUUGAGGCUAAAAUCAUGCAGUCUGAACUCGGCAUUAGGUGUUACAACAUUGAAUUGGUUUAUGAGGACAUGACUAUUUUGUUCUCUUCAACUCAAACAAUGCUGUAUACGCAAAUGUUUUAUGUAAUAUUCCAAUUUUGCUCGUACUGCAAGUCUAAUUCGCAUCUUUGGGAUGGAAACAUAGCUAGUUAUGUCUGUACUAAACUAGUACACCUAGCUUGCUGUGUACAAUACUGUUCUAAAAUAUGGAAUUGGUAAAGCUUUUAAAAGGCUCACUAAGAUUGCAUUUUUUGGAUCAUAAACAGAGUCAAUAAUGUGAACAGCAUUUCUUUAAAAAAAUAGUUAUAUACAGUUGAAGUCAGAAUUAUUAGCCCCCCUUAGAAUUUUUUUUUAUCUUUUUUAUUAAAUAUUUCCCAAAUGAUGUUUAACAGAGCAAGGAAAUUUUCACAGUAUGUCUGAUAAUAUUUUUUCUUCUUGAGA